UGCUCCAGUAAACAUAUUGGAGGCAAAGUGUAGCUGUUGGGACUGUGUGUGCAGGAAGUGGUCAGAGGCUUUUUUUUUGGUUGACUGAGAAGCGUCAGACAAGAUAUCUGUGUAUAAAGUCUACAUUUGUGCCUGGACAGGAGCUGAAUGCAUCAGUCUGUGGUUUUUUAUUGGUCCCCUGAGAGAGGCAGAUAUAACACAACGAAAGAGACGGAGAGCCCUACUCACUGCUCAGAUUUCUAUUGACUUUUAUCUCUUACUACUCUCUCUUCUCGUUCUGGCUCUAAGGCUGGGCUCUUAACCUCAUUUUUUCCAUUAACUAACCUUUCACUCUCUCCAACUAUUCCUUCAACUCUUCUCUGCUGCCCCAGUUUGCAUCUUCUCCUGCUCUCGCCUGUCCUCUUUCAGACCUUUACUUUCUUCUCUUGUCAUGUCUGUAUCCAUGAGGAACCCACCACAGCGCCGGCGCUCUCUCGGUCCCGUCUCGCCCAAACGCAUCUACAGAAACCUGUCCGUAAGGCUGAGAGGGGGUGGAGAGUCAUCUGUUACCACGGACUUGGACGCACCUAAAUUCCCCAGGAAGUCUGCAGAAGCUUACAAGACCCUGUGGGAGGCGGUGGAAAAUGAGGAUACGCUGGCUGUACAAACCCUCCUGUCCAGAGACAGCAGCAGCAGUAGAGGAGGAGGAGGAAGCGUGUGGGAGAGGGGAGAGAAGAAGGAGAAGGACUGGGAGAGAGACAGGGAGAAAGGGGUGAACAGAGUAAGCGAACAGGGGCUGGUCCCCCUGGACGUGGCUGCCCUUACCCACAAUUCCCCUCUGCUUCAUGUUUUGACGAAGGCAGGAGCCAGACAUAAUCCUGUUUUGGCCCAGCCAGCGGAGUGGGCACUUAAGCUGGAUGCUCUGGUGGCCCUGGCAGAUAAACGGAUAGAAGAGAGGAAGACAGAGUUAACGAAAAAGGCCGGGGCAGGGCCUCAGGCACAGGGUGAUCUUCAGAGGCACGUCUACCUUUGGAGGCUGCGGCAGCAGCUGUACUGCCGGAUGCGAGAGAACUUCCAGAACACAGAGCUCCCUGGCCCUCCCAGUCAUGUGUCCAUCCUGGUGACGAGCACAUCAUCUCUGUACGUGACGAUCAAAGAGCCAGAGGGGAACUCCGUGGGGCUCAUCACACGCUACAGAGUCGAAUGGAGCACGUCGGCCAGCUUCAAACGCAUCCUUGGCUCAGCCCAAGUUACAGAGACCAAGAGCCCCUCCUACAUUAUCAAGGGGCUGACAGCAGGAGUGCAUUACUUUGUGAGAGUGAGUGCCUACAAUGUGAAAGGAUGGGGCCCGCCUCAGUGCUCUGCUCCAGCCAGCGCUGCCCCCUCCAGUUGGCGAGAGUGCAUUGGUGUAAAGUCACAGUUCAGAAAUCACGAGGGCCUCGUGAGGAAACUGCUGGAAGAUGCCAGAGAGUCACAUCCCAGGGGAUAUUGGAUAGAGAGCUCGAAGCCCCAGAGUCCCAGCAAGCGUCUGUCAGUGUCUCGAGGCAUCAAACAACUGUUCCAGUCUGCCACCAAGUUUGUUCGUUUCCUACAGAGGGGAGUGUACUUGGCGACUGUGUUCUACCACAAGGAUAACAUCCUGGUCACAGCUGAAGAUCAAAUCCCACUGGUGGAAAUCCAGUGCUGCUCCACCUCCAUCACCCAAGACUUCCUUUGGUUUGCCAAGUUGUCCUGUGCAUGGCAGCAAGUGCCCUGGCUACAGCAAGGCCUUUCCUCCGCUCACUCAUCUCCCUCCUCCCUCCUUCAGAACAGGCACAACAUUUUAAGGGCUGUUUCCCAGCUGCAGUCUUCUCUGGGAACGAUGGACCUGGGCCAGGUGUACUACGAACCACUGAAAGAUCGGCAGGGCAAUGUACUAUUAGUCACUCUGAAGGAAUUCUCAAACACUCCCAGCCCUCCUGACCCUCCGCUCCACUGGAUUCCUCUGGCACGUCUGGAAAAGAACCGCAGCAGAACUCCUCUGCUGCCUGAGCCCACCGCCAUGGACAUGCUCUAUGAGCAGCUCAAGGAGAAGCUGUCCUUCCACAGGCACAGCCUUCAGUGGGCCCAGCCGGGUCUGUAUGUGGGCAUCCUGAAAUUGUGCAGCUCGGUGGAACAAAUCAGGGUCCUGGUGCCUCAGAGACUGCCCAGUUUACUCUGCCACACACGAGUUCGACACAACGCCCACGUGACCAGAGAGGAGUGGACAUGGCUUCAGAGUCAUGUUCAGAACCUUUUGGGUGCAGAGGAUGAGAGCAUGAUGGAGAGCACCAGUAUGGUGGAAUUCAUCAGGUCUCUGAGAGCAGCGGUCACCCAUCUCCUAACAAAGCUCAACAUCCCCCUCUACAGGGCGUAUCAAUACGGUGUGUACACCCGGGAGCUGCUCCAGUUUGGAGAUAACUUGUCCAUGCUGCUGCUGCUGCCUCCCAGUGAGGACUUCAGCUCUAGUUAUUGGCCUCUGGUGGGGACCAAAGAGCCUGGCCUCACCAUGCCUCUGCAGAUCUUUGAGCUGGUUCACUUCUGGACAUAUGAACGGGACUUCCUUUCGCAGUACUGUCAGGCCUGGGUAAAGCUGGAGCUGGAGACUCAUCUGGCCCAGCAGGCUCUGCGGGAAGCGCUGGACACCAAAGAGGUGAAAGAGGCCCAGGAGACGCUGAAACACAUCACGGAGCUUUCACAGCGUUUGGAUAUGGUCUGGAGGGAUGCCCGCUGGAUUAUGGACUGUCUGCACUGCGUACGGUCCAAGCAGUGGGUGGGGGCGGUGCCUCUAGGCCUGGUGAUGGGAGGAGACCCACCACCAUGUCCCGACAGUGAGGAAGAGGAGAGUUUGACUGGCCGAUUGACAUGGGCCCAUCGAUUACAAGCACAGAGGGCCAUUACAGAGAAUUCAGCCAGUGUGACUCUGCCAAAUGUGGUCACUGCCGAGGUCUCCGCUCCAGUUGUCCCUGGAGAAGCUGCACUGGUGUUAAUGGAGGGUGUCGCGAAGGGAGGGUACCCUGUAGACAUCACCCCUCAGCCAGCCGUGGACCUGACGAGCACUGGACAGUCAGAUUUGGGAUCUGCAAGUGCUUUCACAGAGUCUGGAUUGGAGCCUGAGGCUGUUGCACAGCUGGAAGUGGGCUAUCCAGUUUCAGACACACAGGAGUGCUACAGCAGGGAACAGGAUAUUCCUUCCAGCAUCACAGAAGUAAUCCAACCAAUGGAGAUGGCAGAGUUGGUUGACAUCUUGCCAACAUUGAGUCUUAUUGAGGAGGAGAACCCCUCGUGCCCAACCACACCAUCAGUAAUGGAUAUGUUAGAGAACUUUGGACUGGGGAUCGGUGUCUUUGAGUAUGGGAACUCUGACCCGAUCAGUGGAGGCAGCUGCCCGUCGCAGCCCAACUUGGAUUGUAACAAAGACAUGAGCAGUAUGAACGAGCACUAUGAGAAUACGGUGCCUCAGAAACAAGAUGUGCCAACCUCUUGUGGCACGGUGACUGCCACAGGUGAUGACGCUGCUGUUUUCAGUGUAGACGUUCCUCCGGAGGAUGCAGGGACUCAGAAUGUUCCCAGCAAGGGGGCGCUUUUUCCAGUAAGGAAUCAGGUGGAGUGGGAGAGACCUUCUAACAGUUCAUCCUGAUAUCAACUCAAACAGCUGCAUUCUUCUAACUUUAGUGUUAAUUUCCAAACAGAAAAUCAAAAUUGGACCUUUUGUGAGUUAGAGAUUUUCAGUGUUUUCUGACUGUAAAUCAGUGUUUUAAGCUCAUAUGGGACAUUUGUCACACCCAAGAUAAUGAAAAAUACGGGAAAUGAAAAGGAAACUGAAACUAGAGUCGUUUGCGUGUUUUUCUUUUGCACAUUUCUGGGGCUGUAGUUUAUGUUUUCCAAUAUUCAGUCCAUUUAACCUUGUAAGGGGGAAAAAUUAAACUAUAUCAUUGUUGUUAUGACUUGAAAACCCAUUACUCACUACAGCACAAAUCCACAUUGCUGCUUGUUGGAGCUGUAAACAAACUCAUUAAAUUCCCACAAUUCAGUCAAAUGGAAGCAUUUGCUUGGCAGGCUAUGAAAAGCUGUCAUACUUGCAUGUGUAACUGAAUAAUUAUGGUUCUGUUUGGUUUGGUUUGAGGCCGUUUCUCUGGUUUAUUUACUGCAGGGAGGCAAAAUGAACGAAUGUGCUAAAAGCAUAUUAGAAUGGAGGAACGCAGUAGAAUAAAAUAGCCUUGCCUUUCAGCUCUGUGCCUUUCAACAGAAGUCAGUAUAUGGCUGUUUUAAUGAGACAGUUUUUCAAAUUAAAUUUCAUUGUGCAUUGCUACAGUUAUUACUGUUAUGGACAUGCAAUACAUUAGGAAUCAAAUACAAAUACUUACGUUGGUUAGCCAGCUUUAGGAGGCCAAAUCAGUGUGAAACCUCAUUAACGUGCUCUAGAAUGUAUUAUUCAUUAAAUGACAUUUAAACAUCUGGAUGACUGAAUUUAGAGGUGGUCUGCAAUCCUAAAUGUCGUCACUGUCUAUAUGUUUGGUUUCAAAAGCCCUGGUAGUCUCUGACAGCUGCUAAUGCACUCGUGCUUGUUUGACAUGCUCUCACUCUGCAGUCCCGCUUGUUAAGGCUGGAAAUCCAUCAACGCUUAAUGCAGUUUCAAAUCAAUCGGAAUGACUCCAAGCGCCUGUUUGAUGCUGGAAGAUGGUGCACUUACACAGAUUAAUAAUUAAGCAAACACAGCGCAGAAUUUCACAGGAGAUAAGCAACUUGUUAUAUUAAUUGCAUCCCAACCCAUUGAUAAAGUGAAGGCAUGAAAACAUCGGCUUUGAACAGCGUUUGGGUUGACAAUGCAAUCUAUCCGAGCAAUCUGCUGAGAACAUCCCCCCAGUGAUGUGUCGAAAUUAUUAGUCUUAAAAGAGUAGAUAACUUCACUCAUGUGAUAAAGUGCGAUGCUCAAACUCUUAUUAAGAUAGAGCCGGUUCUGACAAACAGUGAAUAGUCCCCCCUUUUUUUUCCCACCUAUGUAAUAUGAUGAAACAGCAUUUAUGGUAUUUAAUAUGCAGAUCAGAGGAAACUUGCUCACCAUGCAUCAGUUUAAGCGAUGGUUGAUUGCACAUCAUUUAUCCUGUGUUUUAACUGUAAUCUGCGAGUGUGCACAGCCAUCACUGAAAAAGAUUAAGUGUGUUGGGUUGAGUGUGUGUAGUGAUGCUAUGAAACAGUGCUCAGUGGGUGCACAGCCAGUGAAUGAGGUGGAACAGAUCAGGUCAUCCUCAAACUUCUGUUAGAGACCAUAUAAAGGAGGAAAAAAAUCAGCCCCCUUGUUAACUUGAUAAAUGUCUAGAUGAAAGACUAUUUGUUCUGCAUAUGAUAGACCAACAGCGUUAAUGGACUGCAGAUGGCUGUUUACCACCACCUAGUGGUCAAAAUGAGUACCUGCAGAAAUCUGUUCAAUUUGUGGGGAGUAUGAUACGAGAGUAUUAGUACACUGUGUGUGGAGGCACAGCUGUAUGUUUACAACUGGUUGGCACAUAGACACGAUGCAAUAAUGAAUAAGAGAAGUGAAAACAUAGCAAUCAAACCGUUUACUGUUUUUGCAACUCCCCUGACACACUUCAUAUCAUGACAGUUACUCAUGCACAGUUUGCAGUUUGUCAGUUAUUAGAAUGUGUGUUAAUCAUACCAGGUGUCACAGUAGGUCCUGAAAUGGUUUUAAUAUUAAUAAGCGGGCCACUUGUCAUUUUAGUGUGCUUUUACAAAUGAUAACAGCGGCAUCAGUGUUGAUAUUAACUCUAAUUUCAGUGAUGAUGAAGAUAUGCUCGCUACUGCUACUGCAUUAGCUCAACUAAAUGAUGUCAUAAUAAAGGUGAUUAUUUUUGUCUUGCUAUUGUGUGUUUACUGUGCGAUCUGUGGCCUUCACUUUGUGCUACACUUUUAACUGGCCAGAGUCAAGGAACGAAAUUUUAACCCACAGAGUGAAUU